CGCGAAGAUCGGAGCGCGACUACACGUUUUAUACGCGUAUUGCAACCUGCCGGGCAACGACACGCGUGCCAAACGAAUUUAUCGGGGUCGCCCUUAUUUGUUUAAUUAAAUCGUCUUAUUUGAAUUUUAAAAAAUUAAACUGUCAAAAUAUUGCACACCGCGAACGCGAAGCACAGAGAUCACCUGACAAUUGUGAGUUGUGAGGAAUUUUGAAAAGUCAAUGGCCGUAUCGUGAAUCUUGAAGGCUUCCUCCCACUACUUAUAACUGAUGAUCACGUGGAAGGGCGUGUGGUUGAUGCAGGAGUAACACGCGAGAACAGAAGCAUAAGAUUUAAGAAAUAAAGAUAGACUAAAAUUAAUUUCAUAAGAGACAAAUAAUAUAACUAAAUAUAUGAACACGUUAAUAUUUUAAACAAAAUAUUAUUUUGAUUUUUUAGUGGUGACAGUGAUCUAGUAUUCAAUUUCGCCGAUAAAUUGAUUAAUUUUAACAACUAGUGAAAACUUACGAGCUCAUUUUAAAAACUCUAAUGACAAAAACAAUUCAAAUUGAAUUAAAUUAAUUUUGUCUAGCGAUUCGAUAACUAAAUAAUUCAUUUUAAUGUUAAUUCAUUAAUACUUGAGUGUAAAUUAUCAAUGAAUAUUCAGACUGUGUAAUCAAAAAUUACAUAUAUAUAGAUAUUGUUUUUUUAUUGCACAUUCUUUGAUUUGUUAAGUCACAUUCUCAUAUAAACUCUCAUGCUAACAUGAGCUUGACACAAAUUGUACUCGUUACGUGGUGGUUGACACGCUCUUAUUGUAUAUGAGUAUUUUCAAAGAUACAAAAAUUUAAGAAGACUAUUAAUCUGUAAUUGAACUCAAAAGUGUGUUUGUACGUGUCCAUUUUGUCUGAAAGAUUUUUAUUUUAGUUCAAUAUCAAAAUGAUGGAUACUCAGAAUUAUUGGGAUGAAAGUUCUGCACAUUCUAUGCAGGUGAAAUAUGAAAGUUUGGACGGAAGAUCAUGCAAAGAUGAAAUAUAUAGAAUGGGAAUUGGUGCAGGAUAUUGUGAUGGAAAUCUUAAUUUUACAACAGCAUCCGAAGAUGAUGAAGUUUACACAAAAAAAAAAGUUUCUAGACAAGAUCCAAUGUCACAUAGAAUUAUCGAGAAACGAAGAAGAGAUCGUAUGAAUAAUUGCUUAGCUGAUCUUAGUCGACUCAUACCAACUGAGUACUUGAAAAAAGGCCGAGGAAGAGUUGAAAAGACGGAAAUUAUCGAAAUGGCUAUUCGGCAUAUGAAAUUUCUUCAAGGAGCUCAUCAAGAUACAAAACAUCCUUCGGUAACGACUAUUCAUAAUCACCCAGAAGAUAGUGUUGAUAGUGUUUCACAUUCAGCAUCUGGAUCAAUAGCUGCUGAGCAUUACAGAAUGGGCUUCCAAGAGUGUCUCAGUGAAACGGUACAUUUCCUUGUUGAGGGAGAAGGUUUUUUUGCCCGAGACUCCCUCUGCGUACAAUUAAUUAAUCAUUUGCAACAGCACUGUGAAAAAAUCGUUGCUACAAGUGAUAGACUAGGAUUUCCUCAUCCAGAAAUGCCAACGUUAAAUGAUGCAAGUGUUCCGAAUUUCGUUCACACAAGUAUUCCAACACUUAGUCCGCCAAACAAUCAUUCAGAUCGUGGUUCAAGUUCGGGAGUUAGUUCAUUGAGUGAUUCAGAGCGUCCUCAACCUAUUAUUCCACCUCCUACAAUAGUCAGUGAUGACAGUAAUCACAGUACACAUUCAAAUACCGCAUCUUCAUCAGUUCCCAGGCCGUCAAAUUAUAAAUUUAAGAGUUCGAUAAAACAAAGAUUUUCAGCAGAAAGAAUAAAGUCGAGCCCAUUACCCACUUCAGAAAAGUCACACGGCGUACCAAUAUUUGCUUUACAUGAAGCUGGAUCAUUUUAUAUUCCACUGACAGUUGAUUCUGGCUUUAUUAGACCACACAUGUCUUAUGUAGCUGAUACAGGACCUGAUGUUGUACUUCAUCCAGUGACGAUAUCCGUUAAUUUCAAUCAGACGACUACUCCAGCGUGGUCACCUCAAUAUAGUCCUAGACAUCAAGAUCAUUUGUAAUAAUAAUAUCGAAUACUCUCAACUAACUUCAAACGUCACGUGAUAGCAUAUAUAUUUUUUUAAAUAAUUACGUAAUUUUACGGUAAUAAACCACUAAACGAAUAUACAUAUAUAGUAAUAAUAAAUACCAGGUGACUAUUAGCAUUUAUUUAUACAAUAAUAAAUAACGUAUUGAUUAGACUCGAUUGAAUGUUAAUACCGUAUUAUUUUUAAACUAUCAAUGUUUGUCAACCCUUCGAGUAUUCACUUUUUUAUUAGUCACAUAAUUUUUAAAACAAUGUCUUUAAUAUAUAUUAUAUGUUUUAUUCAGAUAAAAUAUUUAAAUAUAUUUUUUAUGCUCUUGAAUCAUAUUUUAUAAUUAAAUUGUUCAAUUUUUCUAAAAAAUGAUUUAAUAAAAAAAUAUGCUCAAAGCUGAAAUGAUUGAAAUAAUGUCUUUCCUGUUAAAAAAAAAAUAAUGGAUAGGGUAACUCGACCAAUAAAUGACUGAGUCCCAAUAAUUGGGUGUAAAAUAUUUUGAUAAAUUUAACUGAAGGUAUCUUUUAAAUUCUGAUACAAAGUACCGUAUUUUCGAAGCUGAUUUCUGAUAAAAAAUCAAUUUUAUAAGAAUUUAUGGGAAUGUUUAAUCAGAGCGUCUACUUGAGUGUUAACUGUAAAAAAUUCAGUCUGCGGUGUGGUGUAAAUAAUUUGAUGUGAAAAUUUUCAACACUGCUGGCGUGAAAGUUACGCUAUAUAUGUUAAAAAUUUAACACCGUAUUAUAUAUAAUACGGUGUUAAAUUUUUAGCUGUGUGAAUUAGAAUGAUCACAAUACCGACGGUGUAAACGUUACUUUGAUAGAUACACAAUAAAAAUAAGUUCUUAUUUGGGCGAGAUAAUAUAGUAAAAAAUGCUUCUAUAGAAAUUUCUAUUCUAUGUUUUAAUUUUUAAUUAACAUCAUAUCAAACUAAAAUAUUUAUGUGAAUAGAAUCGUUGAUUUUUCAACUUCGAACCAUAAUAGUAUCUCAUACAUCACGUGGAAUCGGUAUUAUACUCAAUGUCACUAGAUGUAAAGUCCUCUCAGAAGGUAAGUCGCCAUAGAGAAUUGUCGUGAAUUUUCGGCUUGUAGUGUUAAUUAACAUUACAUUAACAUUAACAUAAAUGUGUAGUAACAACACGAGAAUAUACUUGAUUUUUAACAGAGGGGGUAAAAACCGACAGUGACUCGAUCUCUGGGAGGACUUUAUACAAAAGUUUAUAAAAUGAAGGCAUGAAGAAAAACGCCGUUAAAUGUCUAGUGUCAGCAUCAUGCAGUCAAAGUUAUGAAAAUAAUUUACUUUAUUAUUAUUAUUAAAAAAGAUUUAGGGUAAGAGCAUCAGUACCCAGCCCUUAACCAGUAGCCAGCCACUUUAUAUUAAAUUAUAUCUACAUAUAUUUUUAACUAAUGUUAAAGUAUGUGACUGGCUGGCUACUGAUUAGGGAAUGGGUACUGGUGCUCACCCUACUUUAUGAAAUUGAAUACUUUGUCAUCAAAAAGUCAUCUUUGGUGUUAUGUCGUAUCAAUUAAUGAGAUAUUUAAGGUUAUAACAUUCACAUUCAGUUGACGUUGACGUGGCGUUGAUCUGCACAUGCGUGUGUUGAUUCAAUUAAAUGCGCAUGUGCAGUCUAGAGAUUUUGGUCAUGUUAAUAAGGCAGCUAAGUUAAAAGAGGUCUGGCGCAUUUACCCAGUGGGUACAAUACUGGCCAAUAAUUCUUGAGGGGUAGCAUAGAAUCGGGAAAAAAAAAAUGUCUCAAAAUAAAAAUGUAUGUUACUACUUUCAUACAAAUGUAAAAAUAUAAAAAUAAAAAGUUGUAAAAAAAAUUCAAUAAUUAAAAAUAUAUAUACAAUUAAUAAAAUGUAAAAUUAUAAAUAUGCAUUGUAAAAUAAGUAAAUAAAAAAAAAUCCCUAUAAAAAAUGUCUCUAUAUUUGAAAAUCACUAAUAAAAAUAUGGUCACUAUUUAAAAAUUACUAAAUAAUUUUAGUGUAUAUAUAUAUAUAAUUAUGAAUAAUUAAAAAAAACUAAAUUAAAAAGUCACUAAAAAAAAAUUACUAUAAAAAUAAAAAAUCCUACAAACCAACAUUUGCAUAACCAAACACGUAUAUAAAAAAGUUAUGUGAAAAUAAACAUCUCUAAAAAUAAUAUGUCUAUAAAUAAUCGACUGUUUUUGAAUAUCUCUAAAAAAUAUAAUAUCUAUAAUAAAAUAUCUGAAUAAAAUGUAACCUACAAAUUGAAGAAUUUCACCAUUUGCUCAUAAUAGUGACUAAGUUUAUAUUAUAAAAUAUAAGUAUUAAUAAUAAUGAUAAAACAACAAUAAUAAUAAUAAUAAAAAUUAUGGUUAUUAUUAUGGAAAAAUAUUAAGGAAAACAAUAAAUAAAUAAAUAAAUAAUUGUUAACUUAUAAUAAGAGACCUGGAGUAAAUGUGAAAAUUCAAAAUCUGAUUACUCCAAAGCACUGAGCUUGUAAUAAUUUACAUAAUUUUAAUUAAAUAAAUUAAUAAUUUAAUUAAAUAUUAUAUUAAUUAUAUAAAGAAGUGAUUAAAUUAUAAUUAUUUAAUCACAUUAAUUAAUUUAAGUGUAUAGUUGAAGUACAGAGUACUGUUUGAUUUAUGAAAAAAA